GCAGUCUCUGUUCGAGUUUCGAGAAGAAGAAAUUCAAAAGAAUGUCGAACCCCUAUGAGAAAGUGAAAGGAGGGAGACUCACCUUCAAGGGAGGAAGCGUAGCCACCAGUAGCAAAGGCAUUGACAAGAAGAAGAAGAAGAACAAGAACAAGAUUAAAAAGGUUGCUGAUGAUGAAAUCGACGCCGCCGCGGUAGAGGUGAAUAAUAGUGAAACUGGCGGUGGAGGUGAUAUUUACACAAUCGACGCUGCCAAGAAGCUCCAGUACGAGCAGCUUUUUCCGGUGGAGGCGAAGAAGUUCUGUUAUGAGGAAAAGUCCAAAUUCAAUUCGGUAGAGGAUGCUCUCGAUGAUCGCGUCAAGAAGAAAGCCGAUCGCUACUGUAAAUGAGCGAUCAUUCAGGUCCGCUUCUUUCUUAGGGUUAUGUUAUAUACAUCUUGUACUUCUGAUUGUAAUCAAAUUAAUUAGGGUUUAUGAUUAGCUAUGUUCUUUUGUUUAAGAUUACCUAACAAAUUAGAGAAUAUUUUUGAAUUACAUUGUAUAACCCUAAGUAAUGCAUUGAUUUGAAACUUUCUAGUAAAAUGCUAAUUUAAUUUCACUUAAUUAGAGGUAA